UCAUCAUUCUAUGUUUUCAAGCAACAAGUACUACCACCAUUAUACUUGUUUCUAACCCUAUCUCCAAAAUCUUCAGAACGCCCUUAAUUUUCUUCUAACCACACAAAACACAGCCCCCAUCUCUCUCUUUCCAGUUGAACACAAAAACUCUACUUAUCAAUAUGCAUUUAAAACUUUCUGAUGCCUUCAAAUCCCACCCUGUCAACCUCCAACUCAAACACCCAGAUUUCAACUCAUUACAUGAAUUGCCAGACUCCUAUGCAUGGACAAACAAUGAUGAUCACUACCCAUCUUUCCUAACCUCAUUUGGGGCAGACGAUUCUGUUCCGGUCAUCAAUCUCUCUGACACCAAUGUUCUUAAGCUCACAGGCCAUGCAUGUAAGACUUGGGGAGUCUUCCAAGUCACUAACCAUGGCAUCCAACAGAAGCUUCUUGAUGACAUUGAAUCCGCAGGCAAAAGCCUUUUCUCUCUACCAGUCCAGCAGAAGCUCAAAGCUGCCCGAUCGCCAGAUGGCAUUUCCGGCUAUGGUUUUGCUCGGAUAUCUUCUUUUUUUAAGAAGCUCAUGUGGUCGGAGGGUUUCACUAUUGUUGGCUCACCAGUUGACCAUUUUCGCCAACUUUGGCCCCAAGAUUACGACAAAUUCUGCAAUAUCAUUGAGGAAUAUGAGAAGGAAAUGAAAAUGCUUGCUGGGAGGUUGAUGUGGCUUAUGCUUGGCUCACUAGGCAUAUCCAUGGAAGAUAUCAAAUGGGCUGGCUCGAAAGGUGAAUUCAAAGGUGCAUCAGCUGCCUUACAAUUGAAUUCUUACCCCGCUUGUCCAGAGCCAGAUCGGGCCAUGGGUUUGGCUGCACAUACGGAUUCUACCCUCCUCACAAUCCUCUACCAAAGCAACACUAGUGGUUUGCAAGUGCUUCGGGAGGGCACCGGGUGGGUCACGGUUCCACCAAUGCCCGGUGCUUUGGUGAUCAACGUUGGUGAUCUCUUCCAUAUAUUAUCUAACGGGUUGUACCCAAGUGUCCUUCAUCGGGCAGUUGUGAACCGGACCCAACAUCGUCUAUCUGUCGCUUACUUGUUCGGCCCCCCGGCCAGUAUCCAAAUCUCACCCCUAUCAAAAUUAGUAGGUCCAAGUCAUCCUCCUCUCUACCGCCCAAUUAGUUGGAAUGAGUACCUUGGCACUAAAGCAAAGCAUUUCAAUAAGGCACUUUCAUCGGUCAGACUUUGUGCUCCUCUAAAUUCAUUAGUAGAUGUAAAUGAUCACAACAGCGUAAAAGUCGGCUAGAUAAAUAAUUUUUUUACAUUUUCUACAAAGGAAGUACAAUUUGUUGGUGUGAAUUUUCUGCGCUUUUUCCAAUAUAUUGGUUGGCCAUGUUCUUGGGGAUUCUCGGAUUUCAUGUCUUGGACCACUGUAGGCUGCGACACAAAAAAGGAAUAAACAAAAUAAAUUAGACAU